UUUUUGGAUGCAGAUAUAAAUUGUGUUUCAAGUUUAUUUAUGGAGGUUGUCGUUGUGAUAGCUGUGGUAGUGUAAGUUUUUGGAGAUAAAUCAUGUUGCCCAUGGUGCAAGCAGAACCUGUGCUCUUUAAUUGCGCGGGUCACUCUUCCGAUGGAGCCUCACCAACGGCCACUUUACCUCCCUCGCUUACACCGGAUUCAGAAGUUGAAGGACUCACAGAUUUUUUUUAUGAUAUAGAUGUUGCCGUAGUUAACACAUUUUCAAGAAUUGAAUCCUGUGACCUCCAACUGGGAGACACAUGGAGGGGGAUGCAGGGCAAGAUGAGCGUGACAACGCCGGGUAAGAAGAUAAGAAAAAAGUCAUCAGACAAUAAGUCACAAUCUCAACAAAACAAGUGUGACAACGAAAAGCGACGACGGGAACUUGAAAACGAAGUGAUCAAUCAAUUGGAGGAACUUCUGGGGACUUGUCUUGCAGAAGUGAAACAGCCAGACAAAAACGGCAUCGUAAGAGAAGCGACGAAGAAAAUUGUGGACGUAUUGCAACGACGACGAGACUGCCCUGGAGACUGUCCCUUGCGUAUGGUUCAAAACGUAUCGCCCGUGCAAGCUGGUGAAGUUAGCUCCACCCAGCCUCAACCUCCUGAUAGUGGCUUACAGUUUUCUGAGCUCAGUACUCUUAUUGAGGCGAUAAAACAUUAUACUGGUGUCCUGGGUUUAAUAUUAAUGGAAAUUAAUUCGAAAGGCGAAAUUGAAUGUGUAACUGAAAACAUAAAAGAUCUUGUUCUUGCGGAAAGAACAGAGCUAUACAAAAAAUCAAUAUUUUCGCUUUUGCAUGCUGACGAUCAUGCAAAACUUAAACCGUUGCUGAGAAAAAUUCAAAACUUUUCCUGGGGAUCGGGCGAUUCUGACAAAUUUCAAUACAUCCAUGCCCGUCUUCUUUUAAAAGAUACAGAUGAUACCGACUGUGCAAGUUUUGUGGACACUGUGAUCCACGCUGCACCAGUACGCAGCUCGUCCACGGAGGAGGCCGGCUCCGUCAUGUGCGUCAUUCGGCGCUGUGAGCCGGCCGCUAUCUCCAACGACAGCGGACCUUCCAACAUCAUCUUCAGAUUAGAUUGUAACUUUACUAUCUUAUCUUGUGAUUUGUCUGGAGUGGAAAACUGUGUAAACUCUCCUAUUUCUCUUGUGGGGACUCGUUAUUUAGAUCUCGUUGAGAUUAGUGAUCGUGCCCGUGUGUCGACACAUCUUCAAGAAGCAGUAGGUCAGGCUGGUUUUUUGGUGGUGAGCGAACCUUACCAAUUACGUCUCGCGGCCGACGGUCCUCUUAUCCGAGUGAGCGCACAGACAAGACAUUUCCCUACGGUCGGUGAACCAGAUUUCAUAAUGUCUACGAAUACGGUACUCGGUGAUGACGAUGUGGAUAUUCACGAUACGGGGUCCUCCCGCCCGUCGCUCGGCGGCCCUCUCAUGACGUCUGUCGCCAACGGCGAGACGUCAGCGUCCGAACCGCGUUAUCGACCCUCUAUGAGCCCCGGUGAACAUCAAUUUACUAUUAACGAUUUCGACCUCGAAACUUGGCCUUCCUCUUUUCCAAUGGGGGAAAUAUCGGGCGAGGAAUCCAAGGACCGCAAGGAGAGCGCAACCGACAGUACUCCCUCUCACACAUCGCCCGUCGACGUUCCGGCGCCAGCGUCGGUUCACGAAGAACCGAAUCGCCUGCGGAUUUUACUCAGCAAGAAAAGCGUUUUAAAGGAUCUACUGAACCAAGAAGACGACGAGGCUACGAGCAGCGAGACGUCGGCGCCGCACACCCCGCACACACCGCACACGCCGCACACCCCGCACACCCCGCACACCCCGCACACGCCGCUCACGCCAGCCUCGGCGCUGUCGCCGCUGCACUCGGCGCAGGCGCACUCGCGCCCCCCACCGCAUUUAAGCCAGCAUCAACCGCCCUCACAUAGUUCUCACCAACCGCCUCACCACAAUAAUCAACUUCGUAAGAUAUUGAACGAUAAAUCCGACGAGGAUGGCGAGGAGGGUAGAAGAAAUUCGACGGACGGCUCUCGUGGUACUUCGCAGUCCAGCGCCUUACUCACGCAAUUGCUUUCGAAUAAUAACGGCCCGUCGAGUAACGGCCGUUCGCAAGAAAACGAUAUGUACAUGGAUAGAAUCGCCGGCAUGAAGAGAAAAUUCGAAGAGUCUAAAGCCUCCACGAGCAACGCUAAGAGAGCGACACCAGAAAAUCAACAGGUGUCGUCCAGCGCGACGGGGUCGAGUGGGUCGACGACGUCGACGUCGACGGUGUCGUCUAACGCGAGCAGCCCGGCCACUAGCAGCGCCGGCAUGAGCCCUCUGUGCCAGAAGAACCAAAUCCUAGUGUCGCUGCUGGCGCGGCAACAGACCACGCCGCCCACGCCGCUGCCGCUGCCCAACCCCAUCCUGCGGCCCUACCCCGCGCGGCCGCGCGCGUCGCCCGCGCUGCCGCACGCGCACGCGCACGCGCACCCGCUGCACAUGACGCAGGCCCGCCACCCGCAUCACUCGGUUUCCAAUAUCCUCACCGCUAACAGUCGAGGCGGCAACGUGAACGGCGGCAGCGGGCCCGUGGCCGGGGCCGCGAGCGCGGAGUGCGGCGCGCUGCAGGCGCCGGCCGCGCCGCAGAGCCACCUGCAGAUGGUGCUGCAGGGGGGCGCGCGCGCCGCCUACCCGCCCGCGCCGCUGCACUACCCCUACGCCGGCCCGGCGCAGGGUGGAGGUAUGCGACAGCAGAGUGGAUCGAGUGGAGACAGCGAAGUACCCAACGACAAGACGCUGUCUGAUAUUUUGGACGAGGUGAUAGAAAAUAUGCCAUACAACGAUCGUUCUGCUCCCGACGUUAAUGUGUUAAUGGAUCUGGAGAGUAAUCGACAAAUUCGCUCCGAUUAUUGUGUUAAGGAAAAGAAUGCUGUCAUAAAUGCGAUAACGCAAAGCCUUAUGCAGUGUGAAACUGCAACGAAAAGUCCAGUGUCAUCGAGUCCGAGUACUCCGACGGGCUAUCCUGUUCAAAGUCAAGUAAGUUGUGCUGACGAGCGGUGCGGUGCGCAGGGCGGCGCGUACGGGCCCGCGGCGCGCCAGGCGGCGGAGCAGCAGCGCGCGCGCCUGCUGCAGCUGCAGCGCUCGCAGCAGAUGCUCGUCUCGCCCGAGGCUGCCGAGCAACCACAGGCAGAUCUCGGUUCUACUAUAAAUGCUUUAGUUUCCGCGACGCCGCCUAACGUAGCUCUGAAGCGCACAGACUUUCAUCAUAUAUAUCACCACGGUAAUCAAAUGGGCCCAAAUUACGCAACAAACAAAAUGCCCUCAUCUCAACAAAAUCCAAUGUUAAGUCGACAACUGGGCGGCGGCGCGGGCGCGUUCCCGGCGGCGCUGCACUCGGCCGUGGCGCCGCACUCGGCCGUGGCGCCGCAGCCCUACCAGCGCGCGCCGCGCCCGCACCACGGCGCGGGAGGCGCGGCCGGCGCGGGCGCGGCGGGCGCGGCGGGCGGCACGUCGGAGUACGUGCGCAACGAGCUGCGCGCCGUGGUGGGCGCGCGCUCCGCCCGCCCCGAGCUGCACGCGCUGCACGCGCCCGACCUCGACCCGCUGCUCACCUUCGACAUGCCCGCCCCCGAGUACUACGGCGGCGGGCUCGGAGGCGGGCGGUGAUGCGCGCGCGGAGGACGGCGCGCCCGCUAAGGCGUCGCUGCUGCAGAAGCUGCUGUCGCAGUGAGCCGCGGCUACUCCACUACUGCUAGUGAUGUUUCCGUGUUAUGAAGAUCCUAUGUGUCCUUCGGUUCGAGUGAGUAGCUGUACGUCUAUGUGUAGUCGACGGCGAGGUGCGCGGACGGUCGCUCGCCGUCGACGAGUAUUGUUUUGUGAUUCGCAGUACGAUCGAUUCGUACGCGUAGUUUACGUUCGUCGAUAUACGAUGCAGAGACAUGCGGCGGGCAAUAUUGUACAGAAUUAUUAAACACAUUUUUUGGCGUUGUGAACGUUAUGUAUUAUAGUGUGAAAGUCAGAUGUUACCUGUUAUGACAAAGUUAAGUUGUUCUAUAGUAUUCGAAAGAGCGAGUGAGGAUCGCUCGUGCUCUAUACUCGGCGUUAGUCUAAUUGAAUGGAAUGAUGUGUCUUAACGAUACUUUUGAAGGAAAAUCGUUUUCGGCGAGUAUAGAGACGAGUAAUUGCGAGUGUAAAUAAUGUGUUGUUAAAUUAUAGCAAUUGCUUUAGUGUAAAUAAUUUGUUAAUCUAUUAUUGUGUUUCUGACAUGAUAAUCUUAUUUUCUUUUAAUAUUAGUAAUCAUUUAUUCACUUGUUUAUUAAACUUGUUUAUGCUGUACUUUAAUCAUACAAAA